AGGAGGUCAACGCGUUCCUGCAGAGCCAGGCGGUGUCCCAGGAGACGUUGGAGGGCCUGAGGUCGAUGAAUGAGUUGCACCUGAAGCGGCUGAUGGAGCAGAAGCUGCAGGAGGUGGAGGCGGAGGUGGAGAGGCUGAGGAGCAACGCCGAGGAGAGCCAAAGGGUGACGGAGCAAUUGCAGGCCGAGUUGAAGCGCUACACCAGCCUCUACCAAGAAGAGCUCAGCUGCAGGAAGGCCCUCUCUGCCAAGCUCGAGAGUGCGAACGAGAGGCUGGCAGACAUGAGCGCGCAGCUGGGGAGCGAGCGGCAGAGAAGCUCUCAGCUGAUGAGCGGUCGCCUGCUGGACAACACGGCGCUCGCCACGCUGCUGCCCAUUGCCACCACCGGCCUCCGUCAACCUCAGGGCCUCCUUCACCAACCUCAGGGCCUCUACCACCAACCUCACGGCCGCUCUCCUGGCCUCUCUCAGAGCCUCCUCUCGCACCCCGCAGACAGCCAGAACUCUGGGACUUUCAAGCAUGCCUACCACACCAAGAUGCAGCAGGAGAUGGACAGAAUCAUUUCUCGAGAGUUGUGCCAAGCCCAUGCAGAGCUGGACGGGGCAUCCCAACGAUUCUCUCCGCUGGGGGCGGCUGGCGACCCUUGGGAGCGAGACCCCGUCGCCCGAGCCACCAGCCAGUACGUGGACGUGCUGGUUGAUCGCCAUCGCAUCUGAGCCAGGGGCACAAGCGGCCCAAAGCGCUGUCCCACGUCACAACAACCCCAACGCGUUUCGGCUACGUUUUCUACGGCACGUUCGCUUUUGUUUUGUUUUUUACAGGAGUGCGGUGAUAGUGUCGUAGCUCCAAAGAGGUACAUAACGCUCGUACGCGGACUACAAUGCGAGGUGGUCUACCCUCGCCGAUUUGUGACCCCGAUCUGAAGGGAGAAUGUGAGUGAAUAAUGAUGAUAAUAGGUCUCUGCGAGCUUUCUAAAAAUGUCGCCGAUGGGUGAACAAAUCCUAACUUGCCCUCCGCCGCCAUUAUCGGGAUGCUGAACACGGGGGGUCUUGGCAUUCACGCUCAUGUGGUUGCUUGCGCACAGUGCAGUAUGUAUCUAUAUUACUUUAUAGAACAAUGUUUCAAAUCGUAGGGACCAGCAGAAGAGACGUUGCUUUCCAAUAUCGUUCUUUUCUAUUUCCUUUCCAACAAUGCAAUGUGUUUGUUACCUCAAAUGGCGUCGUGUGCAUCCCGUUUGGGUAAUCUUGAGAUUUUUCCGUGCAGUCGUCUGCUUAUAAUCAAAAUGUUUAUGCACAAUAUCUGUUUUUAACGCUAUAGUUGUAUUUAAAUGAACCGCGCAAAGUCAUCAAAUGUCAAAAGUGGUUUCCUGCUCAAGUUUACAAAUCUGGUGGUGGACACUCCACAUUCCUACGACGGGUCGAGUCGAUCCGCGGGAUAACCACUUGUCAAAAAAUGUCCCACAAACUGAUGUUCACCCUGAAGGGAUGAACUGAAUCCUCAACCCGGACUUGAACUCCCACACAUUCCAACGGCUGUGAAAGUCUCCUAAACGCUUGCUUACUUGUCAGUCGCCCGCCAUACUCGCUGCUUGCUCCAACAACCACACGUGGUUGCGUCACAGCCAAUGGUGGACACGCACGUGACCUGUAACCCAUCACCGUGGAGGUAGCGAGGGUUUGGCGGACAGUCGGAUGGCGUGAAACGGCCCCUCCAUGUGGACAUCGAGGUGGUGCCAUACCCCGGCUCACCGGGAGAAGGGGCUGUACGGCAAACGUGGACUCCACCCGUUCCGUCCGUGAUGAAUAUCAUCUGUCCGUUUGGUACGGAUCUUGUGUUGCCUCCUCGCCAUGCGUGGAUUUUCUCCGGGUGCUGCGGUCUUCUUCCACCCGUAAACGCUCAUUAAUUUGUCGAUAAGACCUUCGUAUGUAGAGGACUGCAGAGCUCGGAUGGGAAUGUGGCGCUGGCUGCUGCUGCUGCCCUUCCCACUCCGCGGUUCGUGCUGGUGUCUCCGAGUCGUUCUCUCUCUCUCUUCCAGAGUAAGUGAAUACUGCGUUACAAGUUGGCAUUGUUUUUAUUUUUCCCUUUGCACUGUGUUACUUUGAACGUUUUUUUUUAAUGGUCGGUUAUUCCUGGACUGCCGAUCGGUGCGGCGUACCACAGUGCUUUGGGACUUUGAGUCGUUGGCACUCACUCUGCCCACAAAUGGUCAACAUUAAGAUCGAUCCGCGGUGACGAUUGAUAACAUUGAACUAUCAUUCCGAUGAAACACUCCGCUUUAAGCCCGAAAAGUCCGGCUGGCAUGAUCCGUUGCUAACACGGUGGAAUUUGGGACGGAUGAGUUGGUUGACCCCAAAUGUUUAAUCGUCUUGGAAGUUUUCCGAUUUGUUUCCAGGGAAACGACACUGGUACUGAACACUAUAGGGUGCCAUACAGAGUGGUCUGACAUGUAUGCGAAUCACAUUCUUGGAACCUAAUGGUGAAAUGUGUUAAAAGUGGGUUUUCAAAGUCGCCUACACUCAGUGUGUUAAUCACACCAAGCUUUAGCCGUCCACGUGGCGCUCAUACUUGAGACAAGUUUUUACAGCUCACCUGUUCGAAGCCCCACUUUUUUUUCUGGAUUUGAUGAUUUUUACACUAAUGUUAUCGUUGGAGACGCAUUCAAAGUGUGCGAGAGAAAGUUAUUGAAACGUUGGGUUAAAUUGUCGUGCAGGGAAACAAUGCGCAUAAAGUAUUAGCCAAUCCCUUUAAGUUUACACAAUAAAAUAUCCCACAUUUGUUUUAAAAGACAUGCCGACUCUGUGUGGAUGUGAGCUACAAGGCUGUAUUUUCGCGACGGAUUUUAUUUAAACCUCGACAUUUAAAAUUGCUUCUUUAAAGAAAUUAAAGCAGCAGUGGCAAACACGCCAAGCGCUGUGAUCCACGGAGAAGGCUCAGACCAACCACCGGGAUUUAAUCCCUGUGUAGAGAAGUUCCGGAGACGCAGGUAAGUUAAGGGCUUCCGCCAGGGUUUAUUAAAGCUGUUACAAUAUUACACAGCAGGGUACACAACUCCCAGGGGCUAGGGGUCCUACUCUGAGUCCGGGUCCCUGCCGGCUAGCUCCGGUUUCUCUCUCGUGUCGGAUCGUGGAUUCUGCCAACUCCACCGAGCGGAGAGAGAAGCACCUCUACGGCUACCACCGGCUUCUCCCCAGACUCACCACUCGAUCCCUCUCUCUACCCCUGGUUCCCUCUUCACCCUGCUUACUCUACCUGCUUCCACAGUGGCCCCGCUUACAUCACGGGGUCUCCCUUAAGUGCCCUAGGAGACGUGACGUCAUCGCACUGAACGGCACACCUGACGUCACGUCCCCAUUUUACUCCUCUACACCUGUAAGGUACCAGAGCCGUCUAUUGGUACAAGUUAAUGCUUUUUGUAAAAUUUAUUCUUAGUCCGGGAUUUGUAGCUUUUCCAUCAGCCAAAAUGCGAAUUGUGUGCUGCUUUUAUGAUUUUGUUUUUGUUCCGAUUUGCGCUGAAGUUCCCAGAACAUCUUUUGCGAUCCGUCGCUUGGAUCGCGAUCCAGUGAUAGGCGACUGCCGCUUUAAACGGCGUUAAUGCAUUUUGUCUGCUGCGGUGUGCAAUGUGCAAUACUGCAGGCGUCUUUAUUAAUAGAGUUUGGAGGUUCAAACGGAGACGAGAGUUCUCUUUGAAUCACUAAACCUGUGGAGUCAAUAUUCGUGAACAGGUCCACCGACACAACACUGGUGGUGGCUAUGCACGUAGCCUGUAAUUCAACACUGGAGGCAUCGAGUAUUGGUGAAUCACACAGAUGCUGUGAAGCCCCCUUCCCGUUGGGCGUCACAGAAGGUGCCAUACUCUGGCUCGCCAGGAGAAGGUGGGACAGCAAAGUGCUGAUGAAUAUCACCUGUCCCCCUUUUGUACGGGAUCGAGUGUUGCCCCCUCACACGCGUUGGUUUUCUUCGGUUGCUCCGGUUUUCUCCCACAUGGAACACCUUCAUAUAUAGAGAACCACAGAGCUUGGGGGAGCAGGGGGGAUUGUCACUGGCUCACCGCGUGCCUGUCUUUGCAAUCGUUUUAUUUUUAUUAUUUUAUUAUUUCCCUUCUACGUGACUUUACCGAAAGAACCGAGAAGAUGAAUCCCUGCAGUCACGAAAGCUUUAAAUCGAAAAGUGAUUUUUUUUAAAUUUGUAUCGUGGUAAGCGCGUGCAAGCCCGGUGCAAAGCCGCCGAUGGUUUCACAACAACCGCAGGGAGAGGGGGACGGACAUGCGGCGCUUGAGAGCUUCACGCAAUUGGGGGAUUUCACUUUUAUUUUCAACGCUUGUAGGCUUUCGCGACCCAACAUUUACAAUUCGUAGUCAGUUUAUUUUGCGUAAGAUUGUCGUGUAGGUAGAAUGCCGCAGUUUUACUCUCCCAACACCCAACGGAGCCGGCUACAUUUUUCUUCAGUCAUCGUACGCAGCGCUUAUACUUGCAAUGAACACGUGGUUCUGUGAUGGUGGUGCGCGGUGAUGGUGGAAACGAUGACGUUAUACCUCCGCGGCGAUCUGAUACAAACGAAAUGAAUUAUUUAUUGUGAAAAAUACAGCUUAAAAAAAUAAACAUCAAAAGAGA